CUUACCCCUCACGGCUUGGGCUUAGUGCAUGGCUGGCACCACAGAUGUCAAGAUGGCAUCCUGCUGGGGAAUAGGCGAUGCCCCUGGCAUCGUAAUGACCCAUCUCCCAGUCUAGCUCCUCCCACAGUCCUUCUGGGAGAAGGACUGCAAGAUUAUCUACAUGGCCCGCAACCCCAAGGAUGUUGUCAUGUCCUACUACUACUUCUACCAGAUGGCCAUUACACCCUGACCCUGGCACACUGGCUGAGUUCCCGGAGACCUUCCUGGCUGGCAAAGGACCCACGUCAGGAAGUGAAGAAGAUCCUGCAGUUCCUGGGCAAGGAGGUGGCGGAGGGAACAGUGGAGAGGAUCCUUCACAACACUACCUUCCGGGCGAUGAAGAAGAACCCUGCUGCCAACUAUGAGACCAUGCCCAGUGCCCUGAUGGACCACAGCCUCUCCCCCUUCCUCCAUAAAAGGAUCUGUGGAGACUGGAAGAACCACUUCACUGUGGCCCAGAACGAGCACUUUGACCAGCACUACCAUGGCAGGCUCCGACCUCCUCUUCCAGAUGGAGAUGUGAGGGGCUCAUCCCCCUUUCCAGGAGGACUCUGCUUCUCCUUGCUCCCCUGGUGCGGAUGGUGGGUCCAAGUGGAGCAUCCUUGCACUGAUUUACUUUUCCCCUUGCAAUAA